ACGGUCGCUUAGCAGCGGCUUUCAACGGUCCCGCGCUCGAGGCCGCCGGGCAGGGAGGGUGAACCAAGAUGGCGCCCAAUCUAGAUUGGGCUCAAUUCAUGAAAGUUGAUCCAGACUCGUUACCAAGUCGAGAGAAACUGGCAGAUAAGUUGUUGGACACAAUAUCGAAGGUUGAAGGAAGUGAAUUGACAGCAGAAGACCCAGAGAAGCUAAUUCAGCUUUUUCGACUCACCCAGUCCUUAAUGAAGAUGAAAGCGCAGGAGGUUGAGUUGGCUCUUGAAGAAGUUGAAAAAGCAGGGGAAGAACAAGCCAAAACAGAAAACCAGCUGAAAGCAAAGGUUCUUAAGCUAGAAAAUGAACUGGAGAUGGCUCAAGUGAGUGCUGGUGGGCGUGAUACCCGAUUCUUGCGAGAAGAACUGCGUCAAGUGGAAAGCCAGCUGCAGUACAAGGACCGGGAGGUUUCCGAAAUGGAGAAAGAGCUAAACAAGGAAAAGAAAAUUGUUGAACAAGUGGGAAUUCGAAUCAAGGAGAUAGAAAAUGAAAACAAUAAGCUAAGAAGAGAGAAUGAUCAACUACGUCAAGAUGUUAUUGACUAUCAGAAACAAAUUGAUUCUCAGCGGGAGACUCUCCUUAAUAGGAGAGGAGAUGAUUCGGACUACAGAAUACAGCUGUCCAAAAAGAACAAGGAGCUUGCACAAUAUUUGGAUGAAAUUCAGAAUUUGUCUGAGGCCAAUGAAAAGCUGGAGGCACAGAACAAACAGUUGCAGCAAAAACUAGAAGAGUCCGUGCAAGAGAUGGACAAGAUGACUGAUGAAUAUAACAAAAUGAAACUGAUUGUGCAGCAAUCUGACAAUGCUAUGGACCAAUUCAAACGAGAAAAGGGGCAGCUGUUGCUUCAGGUGCAAGAUCUGACCAGCCAGCUGCAAGCUGCAACUGAAGAAGAAGAUCCUGUGAUGUUGGCAGUGAAUGCAAAGAUUGAGGAAUGGAAGAAAGUACUGUCUGCCAAAGAUAAAGAGAUCAGCGAGUAUCAACAGAAAUUGCAAGAACUCCGAACUAAACUAGUAAUUACAGAGUUUGACAGUGAUAAGAGUAGCGUCAUUACUCUCCAACAGGUUCUGCAAGAACGUGACGAUCAAAUUAAGGCUCUGGUGGAACAAAUAGAGCAAUACACCAAAGAAGCGAAUAAUAAUGUACAAAUCAUUGAAGGCUUGAAAAUGCAGCUAGAGAAAGAAUCAAGUUUUCCAACACUUAAUCUGCACACCAAAAUUGGGUUCCUCCAGCAAAAGACACAGGCAGCAGAGCAAAAAGCAUUUGAAGCAAAGCGUAUGGCUGACCUUGCAGAGAGAGAUGCUAGGGAAAAAGACAAGGAACUGGCGGAAAUGCUGAUUCAGCUCAGGGCAUAUGAAUCGGGUGUUUAUGGAUUGGAAAAUGCUGUUGCAGAGAUUAAGGAAUGCAAGAACCAUAUCAAAAUCCGAGAUCAUCAAAUUGAAGCAGCGACAAAGGAGAUAAACAAGCUUGAAAUGAAGAUAAAUGAUCUUUUGGAUGAAAAUGAAAAUUUCCGGCAACGCUUAGGCCUUGCUGCAAAUGAAGUAAUUGAUCUAAGUGAAUUUAGGAAAAUCAAGUAUUUGAAACAGCAGCAGUUUCAAGCAGAGAACCAGGUUCUGCUAAAAGAGAUUGAACGCCUGGAGGAAGAAAGACUUGUGUUAAAGAGGCAGAUUCGUAGGAUGGCUCAAGACAAAGGCAUGCAAGCAGGUGUGGGAGGAAUAUCAGCCGAGGACCUGGGGUUGGUGGAUCCAUUUAAUGAGAAGAUAAAUUCUAGCAAAGAGACAGAACUGUCAAGUUCAGUCAACUUUGAGUUAAACCGCCAGAAUCGUCAAAUCCGGGGGGAGUUACUGAACAAAGAAGGAGCAUACCAGAACGCAGAAUUUGAACUCGCCAAGCUCAACAGGCAACUAAUGCAGAAUGAAUAUAUUUCAAGAGAAUUGGAAGUAAAGGAAAAAGAACUGGAAAAAACAAGGACUGAAAUUGCUCAACUAAAGUCCAAAUUAAAAGAACUGGUGGAAGAGAAUCAGCAAUUUGAAAGUGGUAUGAAAGAUAUUUUACAUGCCAUAAAGAGUACUCAAGUGGAAGCCAUUUCAAAAGGAGGGGAAGAAAUCCUUAAGAUAGAAAGUCUGGAGAAACUAGUUACUGCAAUCGAGAGAAAGAAUACCACAGAUAAAUUUAACAAUGAUAUCCACCUGAAAGCACAAUUAGACCAGAUGACGGGGAGGAAUGAGGAACUUCGACAGGAGCUUAAAGAGGCACGCAAAGAGGCUGGUAUAGCUGGCAACCAGCUGGCAAAAGCUACAGAAAGGAUUACAAACCUAGAGAGUGAGCUAACUUUGUUACAACAAUCUGGAGGAUGCAGUGUUGUCUUCCAACCUCUCGCUUUGCCAGAAGGAAUGGUACCCUCUAGUAUUGAUGUCAUCAAUACACUGAAUGAAUAUUUGGUGCAACUUCUACAGGAAAUCUCAAAUAAAGAAAAAGAAGGAAAAAAACUACAAGAGGCCGCCGAAGAUCACAAACGCAAAUUUGCAGUAAUCCGUCAUCAACAAGGAUUGCUCUAUAAGGAAUAUCAAAGCGAAAGGGAAUCCUGGCAAAAGAAUAUUCAAAAAAUUGAAGAAGAAAAGAAAAAGCUUGAGGAUUUAAAAGAGCAGGAUCAAGUGAAAAUAGAGGAAUACAAUCAACUACUGGAAACACUUCAGGUGGAUCCAGAUGAAAUGAAGAAGAAGCUUGCAGGGCUCACUAGCAAGUUAACUGUGCUGCGGGUUAAUGAAAGUUCCUUAACAAGGCGUUACACGACCCUAGUAGAAAUGGAACAGCACUUAAGGAAAGAAAAUAACAAGCUCAAGAACGAAAUAAUAGCCAUGGAGGCAGCAGUUAGUGAAAGAAUUGGAUACUUGCAAAGAUUCAAGGACAUGGCUAGUUUUAAAAUUGCUGCAUUGCAGAAAGCUUUGGAUGAAAGUGUACCUAUAUCAGACCUGGAACGAGCUAAUAAGCAGCACAACGAACUCACAGCUAAGUAUAGGGAUCUGCUGCAGAAAGACAAUCUAUUGGUCCAGAAAACCACUGAUCUAGAGCAUUUGGAGGGUGAAAAUACAGUGCUACGUGAGCAAAUUCGAGCCUUAAACAAGGAACUGGAAAUUACAAAGGAAAAGCAGCACACAUUGGAGCAAGCCUUAGAAGAAAUAGAGAAGCUAGGACCAACUGCCAUGGAUAAAGAAACAAAAGCAAUUACCAACAGUGAAAUUGUUUCCAUCUCCAAGAAGAUUACCAUGCUGGAAAUGAAGGAACUAAAUGAACGGCAAAGGGCAGAACAUGCUCAAACGAUGUACGAACAUGUGCGUGACACGCUAAAGCAAGUUGAUGAACGAAACUCUGAGCUUGAAUCCAAAUUCUCUGAAGUAACCAAAAUAAAUCUGGAGGCCCAGAGAGUGGAACAAAACCUGAGAGAUGAGUUGGCCAACAGUGUAAGCCAAGCAGUGAGUAAUGCAGACAGGAGCCGCAUCACUGAACUGGAGAAAUCAGAAUCUGAGUUAAAAGUUGAGGUGUCCAAGUUAAGAGAUGUUGCAGACAUAGCGAAAAUGCAAGUUGCAGCGUUGGAAGCCCGCCAGCAGUCCAGGGAGAAAGAGGUGGAGGCACUUAGGAAGCAAGUACUUGAUUACCAGGCACAGUCAGAUGAGAGAGCUCUCAUUGCAACAUUGCACCAACACAUUAUCGCGUUGCAGGUGAGUGAAGCCACUGCUGUUAGCAAGCUGCAGGCAUUUGCAAGCAAGCUGCAAAAAAUGGAGGCCUGCAACCUGCGGCUGAUGCAGAAACUGGAUGAGAAGGAUCAGACCCUUUUCCACACCCGGCUAGAAGGCAAGAACAAGGCGAAGCACCUGCGGCAAACUAUUCAGUCCUUGCGAAGGCAGUUCAGUGGAGCCCUGCCUCUUGCACAGCAAGAGAAGUUCUCAAAGACUAUGAUGCAGCUACAGGAUGACAAGCUGAAGAUCAUGCAGGAUGUUAAACGUUCCCAAGAGGAGAGGAGAGUGGCAGAAGACAAGGCAUUGGAACUGGAACUGAAGCUGAAAGGGCUAGAGGAAUUGAUAGGAUCACUAAAGGAUGCAAAAGGAGCACAAAAGGUAAUUGAAUGGCACAAAAAAAUUGAAGAGCUCCGUCUCCAAGAUCUCAAAACAAAUCGAUGCGUAAAUAAGCAAAAAGAAGAAAUAACUUAUUUAAACAAUGUAAUAACUGAGCUGGAGCACACCAUCAACAAUCUAGAAGAAGAGACGGUUCAACAAAACAAGCUCCAUGAAGAGCGGCAGAUAGCAUGGGAUCGCAGAGAGUUAGAACUACAGCAUCAGUUGGAUAUGUAUGAACAUCAACAUAACGAAAUACUGAGUGCAGCUCAAAAGUUUGAGGAAGCGACUGGCUCCAUCCCGGACCCCAAUAAACCACUUCCAGAGCAGCUAAAUGUGGCUCUGCAAAAGAUCAGAGAGCAUGUCUUCAUAAUUCUUGAAACACAAGCAACCUGCAGAACUCUAGAAGAGAAACUUAAAGAGAAGGAGGCAUCUCUGUGGAAGGCAGAACAGAAUGUGCUAUCCCGAGACCAAGUUAUAAAUGAGCUCAGACUUCGACUACCAGCUACGGCUGAGCGUGAAAAGCUGAUGGUGGACCUUAGUACUAAGACAGACGAUGAUAUGGAAAGUAGGAAGGCCCUGAAAGUAGCUCAUCAAACCAUUGCUAACCUGCAGGCUAGGCUAGACCAGAAAGAGGAAGUCCUACAAAAGUACCAGCAGUUACUGACAAGAGCUCACCAGGACCGAGAAGAAAUUGCAAAGAAACACGAGAAGGAUCUUAAAGCCUUGCACCUGAAAUUGGAUUCAUAUGCAGAUGCAUCACUAAAUAAAUUUAAACAAUCUGCAAUGGAGCUGAUGAAGAAACCAUCUCUUCCAGUUCCAACAUCCAAGCAUUUGGCACGCCUGGCAGAGUUGGAACAAACCGUGGCAGAACAGGACAGCUCACUGUCAGCGCUUGUGGACAAACUGAAGAGAGCAACCGUGGAACUAGAGAAACAGAAAGAUAUUAAUCAGCUGAAAGUGAAAGAGCACAACGCAGAGAAAGCAAAUCUGGAAGAGAAGCAUGCAACUGAGGUAAAGAAGCUAUGCAAUGAACUAGAUGACCUGAGGUGCACACAGCUGCAGAUGGAGAAGGAGGUGCAGUACUUGCAAUCUGAGUUAGAGGCUCAGAAACAAGCAAAUACAAGGGCACCCACCACCACCAUGAAGAACUUAGUGGACAGGUUAAAAGGUCAACUGGCUUUGAAAGAGAAGCAGCAAAAGGCUCUGAGUAAAGCACUGUUGGACCUUCGAGCUGAGAUGACAUCCCAUGCGGAACAGCAGGUUAUAAACCAAGCUGCACAAAAGGAGGGACAUCUCAACGUGCAGCAAAUUGUUGACAAGCAAACUAAAGAACUGAGGACACGUAUAGAAGAUCUGACAGAGCAACUUGCAGCAGCUAAGGACAGCGUGAAGGCAUGUAAGAGCAAGGAAGCGGCCACAGCAGCCGAAAUAGAGAAUUUAAAUGGAGAACUUCAAAAAAAGCAACGAGUUCAAAACAAAUUACAAACCGAGAAAGAUGAGCUGAUGAAAGAGAAUGAGGAACUAAAGAAAAAAAUUAAGAGGCUGUGCAACAGCUUGCAGACAAAGACUGAGACUGACAAUAAACAGAGCGUAAUUGAUGAACUGCAGAAAAAGGUUAGAAGAUUGGAAUGUGAACUCGAUCAGAAGGUGGCACCUGAGCAAAUGGAGAGAAAGGUUUUGAAAGAAGAGAGGACUCCAAAAGAGGAAAUAGUGAGGUGGGAAGAAGGCAAGAAGUGGCAGGCCAGAUUGGAAGGAUUGAAACAUAAGCUGAAAGAAAAGGAGAAGGAACUGGAAACUAUGACCAAGCAGAUCACCACUUUAAAGGAAUUAUAUACAAAGGCUGAUCAGGAAAAGGCAAUUUUACAGAAGAAACUGAAAGCUCGUGGAAUUACAGCUGACCAGGUAAUAGGUGUCAGAUCCAUGGAAUGCGAUCGAGAGAUUGAAGAUUUAAGGAGAAAGAAUACAGAGUUUCAAGAUCAGAUUGUGAGAAUGAGGCAACAGCAAGCUUUACCACGGGAUUCAGUAGUGGAAGACUUAACUUUGAAAAAUCAAUAUCUGCAUGAAAAAGUCCAAGCUUUAGAAAAGCAGCUGUCAAAGAAUGUACUAUCCAGACCAUCAACCCCUGGAGUGGGAGCUGAUGCUUCAGCUCAGAAGGAACAAGAACUUCAGAGAGAGAACCUCAGGCUGGCUGCAGAGAACGUGGAGCUGCGUUUUCAACUAGAGCAAGCUGACAAGGACUUGCCACGAUUAAAGGAUCAAAUAGUUAAUUUGCAGGAAAUGUAUCAACUUCUCAAAAAGGAGAGAGCAGAAUUGGAAAGAAAACUUGGAAACAUGCGAGGGUCUGGGCGCAGUGGCAAGACAGUGCCUGAACUGGAGAAAACAAUCGGUUUGAUGAAGAAGGUGGUGGAAAGAGUACAGCGAGAGAACGAAGAGCUGAAGAAGGCUCCAGGAGUGAUCUCCAGUGAGAAACAAACCUGCCUUGAAAUGGAAAAUGACAAGCUUAAGUUGGAACUGGAGAAAUUAAAAUUGCAGGUGGGUGGCCAACUAAGCUUGCGUUACGAGUCCAAAACGAAAGGCGUGGAAAAGAUCUUAGCUGAAAAUGAGCGAUUGCGAAAGGAACUCAAAAAGGAAGGUGACUGUACUGAAAAACUGCGAAUUGCUAAAAGCAACCUGGAGAUUAUGAACGAGAAGCUAAGCGUGCAGUUGGAAGAGACCAAUAAACGAUUAAGUUUUGCUGAGAGUAGGGGUCCGCAACUUGAGGGCGCAGACAGCAAAAGUUGGAAGUCCAUUGUAGUCACAAGAAUGUAUGAGAGUAAGAUAAAGGAGAUGGAGACAGACAUUACAAAAAAGAGCCAAAACCUCAACGACCUUAGACAGCUGCUGAGAGAAUCGACUGAUAAUGAGCAAAAGUUAUCAAAACAAAUAGGAGAACUGGAGGAACAGAUUGAGGUUCUUAAGCAUUUCCCUGAAGAAGCGAAAACAGAGCCAGGCCUGACCAGAGAACUUCAGUUACUAAGACUGACAAAUGACCGAUUAGAAAAGGAAAAAGCUGAACUUCUCCACCAUCUCCAGAUGUACAGGAAGCAAACAGGUGAAACUGCAGGAGGCAGCAGUGGCACCAGUAGAAAUGUUUGCGAUGAUGGAUUAGGCAGUAAAGAGGACAAGCUGACAGGAGAACUAUUGGAAUUGCAAACUCAACUCAAGGCAUCAGACCUAGAGAAACAGCAACUUCAGGAAGAGAUACAACAGCUGAAAAAAGAACUGAAGAACUUUGACCCUUCCUUUUUUGAGGAACUUGAGGAUUUGAAGUUCAAUUACAAUCAGGAAGUUAAACGGAACAUUCUUCUCGAAGAACAGUUGAAGAAAUUGGCGAAGCAGUUUGGAGUCCAAGUGACUAUCCCGGAAAAUAUUUCAACAGAUUAACAUCUCAAAGUUCAUUAUUAGGUGUUUCCUUUGAGAGAAUUGUUGAACUUGAUAAGUUCAACAAUUCUAUUUAUAAUUUACAAUACUUCAGUACACCCUUUCAGAACAGCUGCCGCCUGAUCUCUACUUGAAGUACAUUAACAAGUACUUAAUCUCUUUUAAAAGUUCCAGUUGUCCCUCAGCCUUUUUUCGGAGAAAAGUGCUCUCAGUUUCUGCCACCCAACUUUGUUUACCCGAUUGGCCAAUCCUACCACCAUCUGACAGCAUUUAAUCAGAGGCUGUUUUCUUUUUCCUUAGUUUAACCAGGGUUCAUGUCCAAAGCAUUGUCCCUUACAACACUUUAGUUUCCAUGGGAUCUUUAGAUUUUUAACACGUGCUCAAGAAAUAUUUGAUGCUAGUCCAUUUAAAAACUGGUGCUCUGUGAAAAGGAGAGAUUAAGGUGCUGAAGGAGCAAAUGGUGCUUCUGACUUCUGAUGGUUCCUCCACGGGAUUUGUAUAGAUGGCCAUCCAUACAAGAGCCAUUACAGAUGUCAACCAAGCAAAUCGCAGGUGUUUGUUUGUUUCAUAUUCUCUUUGUAGUCAGGCUCCACCCCAUCCACCAAACACUCAGCCAUCAGUAAUAGUAACAGCAUGAAGACAACAACUCAACUUUAUUUGAGCUUGAUUCUACAGAACUUCCCUGGCCUCAACCAACCAAUGAGUAAAGCAGAUGAGUGAAGUCAACAAAAUAAUUUUGGUACAAUGCACGUAGAACAAGACAAGAUCCAUGACAUGGAUAGAAUUUAACAUCUAACUAUCUGUUGCAUGUCUGAAAGUCACAUCUUAGCUCUGUUGCCUAUAGCACAUAGCAUAGGACGUAACAUCAAAAAUGUGAGUGAGCUCCUUUGGUUAGUGUUGUGAAAGCAAAACGCUCAUCAGUCAGCACAUUUCUCUCCACACUUCCUUCCCAUCCCCAGCUCCCCAUCUUUCAUUUCAAUCCUGCAAUCUAUUUUCCUAUUAUGCAGAGUGGGAGCAAACUUCUCCUACCAACAUUCGCAAACUUAGAUAUGUACACAUGUAAACAUACAGGAAUAUGUUAAAGGACUACUGAUUCAUUUAAAGAGAUGAAGGAUUAUAUCAAAGACUUUCCAUUCAGUACAGACUGGAUACUUAUUGGUCAAUACUUUUAACUGAGGCCUGUAAUCAGGAUGGAUUUUUAUGCAAAAAUUCAAAUCACCUAUUUUUGAAUAGUCACACUGAAAAAGAGG